AUGGACGAUUUUAUUGACCUGAGCGACGACCAAUGGGAGCGCCUCGAGCGCGGCGAGCGCAUUUCUUCCCCAAGCGGCGGCGCCGGUGAUUGCGCCGGUGAUCUCGCCGGGAAUGCCGCCGGAAAUUCCGCCGGUACUCCCGCCGCUGAUCCCGCCGUGAAUUCCGCCGGCGACUGCGGCCGGCCGAUGGACCCGCGUUUGGCGCUAGAGCUAGAGGAUGAGCGGGAGGACGUCGAAGCGCGUUUGCAGAAAAUACAGGAGGAAGUCGAAUCGCUGCUGGAGGAGCAGGAACAGCUAAUCAAGAGACGCGAGGAGAUUAACUCCAGACUAGAGGCGUCGGCUGCGGCUGCAGCCGCGUGGGCUGCUGCUAAUAACGCGAAUGCUAAUAAUGGAGUUGUCAGUGAGAGCAAAAAUGCCAAUGAUAGGAUCGAUAGUGGUGGUGCAAAAUCUGAGCAAGGCGUAGCUGUGGGUGCGGGGGGGUCAAGAGGAGUAGGAAUAUCAGGAGGAGUAGGGGGAACAGGGGGAGCAGGAGGAGGAGCAGGUGCAGCAGGGUUGGGAUCGGUGGCGAGGUGGCAAGCUCCCUUUGAGUGGGACGCCCAGGUGGCUGCGAUUGGGCGAGAUGUGUUCGGGAUCGGACGGUUCAGAUCGCAGCAGAGGGAGGUAAGGGGUCAGGCUCGGAAGCAGGGAGGGUAUGGGGCCAGGCUGGGGGGCAGGCAAGUACAGGAUCUGCCCUGCCCUCCCUCCCUUUUUUAG